AUGGCUUCCUCAACGGCGCAGGGUUUUGCUGGACCUGGCCGCCUUCAAAUCGGCUCAUACUCAGAGUCACUGAGAUCCGAUGUGCAGACGGCGAUGUUCAUGACAAGGGGUCUUUCUUUGUCUCGAGCUCGGGCCGAUCCUGGCAUGUUCGUGCCUUUGCUGACGCCAAAGAGGCAGGAGCAGAUCAAUCUUCAUGCAACUAGAGGCAAUGGACACGGCAAGCGGAGGUUGCCACAUGCUAUCCAACCAGAGGUACCCGAUUCCAGGAAGAUUGACUUGCCUCUACCUUCAAGCGUGACUGGCGCAAAUUCCGAUGGGGAGAAAGAUGGCUUACCAGAGCCCCAAAAUGGUCCUGCGGCUGCUCUUGUUCGCGAGAUCCUGCUCCAAGGCCUGAUGGGACAGGAACCUGCUAUGCGACGCGAGAUGCAAUUCGCACAUCUAGUGCCGAGUGUUUCGCAGGCCAAGCUCCAGGCAGUCAUUUCAGGCGAAGAAGACAUUGACCCCCGUAAUUUCGCCCUCUACCGCGACAGUGGCUUGUCUACCGCAGACACUAUAGCGCAUCAGUACAACCAUAUGCUGAUCACGAAGUUGGCGCAUUAUGUCGACAAAGUCGCUAGUCGCGCUCUCGAUCGUUAUGGACUCUGGCGGAGGCGGGACUGGUUCCGGUACAUCGCCGGCAGGAUCUACGACAUUAUCAGCGACUGGAUGAAGAUCCAAUGUCGCCCUGGCGAAUCGCGGGAGGCCUUCAUCGCACGGAUUGCGGGGGCGAGAAUGGAAAGGACCUUGGCCUCCGCCAACAACUCAAAUCGCCAUUAUAAAGCUGCCGGUCGCAGUGCCUUGGCCUCCGGUUAUCUUGAGGCAGGUAUGAUGCUAAACGACAGGCGGAUCUGUAGCCUGGCGCGCUACAUGCUCCAGACACUUGUAUAUCUGGGCCACGAAGGAAUGUCCGACGAAGAGGAUCUUCCCGAGGACGAUCCGAAUUACAAGAGGGUCAAGAAAGUCGCAACACUACCUUGGCGCGCGCCCGCCUUGACUGAGCUUUUCGAGUUCAUCGACACGCUGCCGACGAGGGAACGUCAGAUAUUCAGCCAGUCCGGUGCACCCAGGAUGGCAAGGAUCCGCACCGGACAACCUCCAACAGCGCUGCGGCAAGUUCCAAAGAACGUUCCGUUGGCAUGCUUCAACCAGGCAUGGAUCGCGGAAGACGAGUUCCGCAAAGUUGCGUGUCGAAUUGACAUAGAGUCGGCCUUCGAGCUUAUUGACUUAAAGGAUUUCGUCGACCAGGAGUAA